CCCAGCAGUCAUGAAUUUCUGGGAGACGGUGCUUUCUGCUUUCCUUGCCUCCCUUUUGGCCAUCAUUCUUGGUGGCCUUUAUAAAAUAGGGGCCUUUCGCAAGCGGAGACCCAAAGAACCUCCCCUGGACAAAGGCUUCAUUCCCUGGCUUGGAUACGCAAUACAAUUUAAGAAGACUCCCGCAGAGUUCUUAGAAAAGAUGCGGAAGAAGCAUGGAGAUAUUUUCACCGUCUUGGUUGGUGGCAAUUAUAUAAAUUUUGUGUCAGAUCCGCAUACGUAUGAGCCCCUCAUGAAGGAACCCAAAGAAAAACUGGAUUUUGAACAAUUUUCGGCAAUGGUGGUUCAUAACGUAUUUGGUAUUCAGCCCACACAUGCUCAUCACCAUGCUGUGGAAAUAACUAGCAAGAAGUAUCUCAGUGGGAAGCAUCUAAACGAACUGAACCAAGUGAUGAUGGAGAAGUUGCAAGUUGUGAUGCUUCACGGCCGGAGUUCAGACGAUGGAGAAAAAUCUUGGCACCAAGAUGGACUCUUCCAUUUCAGCUACAAAACUAUUUUCCAAGCAGGUUUUCUGUCUUUGUUUGGCACCGAGCCAGGCAAAGACAAAGGAGGCAAAGAAAAUUCAGUAGAAACCAAUCUAGCACAAUGUGCAGAGACAUUUGAAAUCUUUCAGAAAUUUGACCAUUAUUUCCCACAACUUGUUGUCCAACUGCUGGAUUCUGUAGGAAAGACGGAGACACAGAAAUUACAGGGCAUGUUGUUGGACAUUCUGUCCAUAGAUAAGCUGUAUCAGAGGGACGACAUCAACAGUUGGGUGGUUGAAAAUGAUCAACAGAUGGUUAACCUUGGAAUGACAGACAAAAUGCGGACUCAGUUCCAGCUUCUGCUUCUCUGGGCGUCUCAAGCUAACACUGGUCCAGCAACGUUCUGGAUUAUUUUGUUCCUCUUAAAACACCCAGAAGCAAUGAAGGCAGUGAGGGAGGAACUGGGCAGAGUCCUCAAGGAGACGGGCCAGGAGGUGAAGCCAGGAAACCCCUUCCUCACUUUGUCCUUGGAUAAAAUAAAGACCCCUCUUCUGGACAGCGCGAUACAGGAAACGCUGCGCUUGAAAGGAAGUGUUUUCAUAAUCAGAGGUGUCAUGGAAGACAUGGAAAUUAAGCUGGGAGAUGGAAGAGAAUAUGCUUUAAGGAAAGGGGAUUCCCUGUUUCUUUUUCCCUACAUUGGAUUGCAUAUGGAUCCAGAAAUCUACCCUGAGCCUCAGACGUACAAAUACAACAGAUUCAUCAAUCCGGACGGCACCAAAAAGGAAUUCUAUAAGAACGAGAAGCUGCUGAAACAUAACAUUAUGCCAUUUGGGGGUGGAUCUACCAUGUGCCCCGGGCGCUAUUUUGCUGUCAGUGAAAUGAAGAUGUUUGUGAUCUUGAUGCUUGUCUACUUUGAUAUGGAGCUGGUGAAUGCCGAAGAGGACAUGCCGCCCACAGACGAAAUGCGCUGCGGCUUUGGGGCUGCCAGUCCUUCCCGCGAUAUCCAGUUCAGGUAUCGCCUGAGAUGCUCAGAUUAAAGAAAUUUAAAGUUGGUAAUAUUUUGCAUCUCUUUAUUCUGAUCUCAGGAUCUCAGAAGGGAAAAGAAAACCUCAUUUU